UUGAUCGCUCCUGUAAGACGGUGAUCAUGACACCCAUGGUGCAUCUGUUGCUGCUCCCACUCCUGCUCGGCAUUUCUGGUGGGAAGGGUGUAGAGGAGAAGACAGGACCAUUAGAGAACAAGGUUUUGGAUGUGCCGGAGGGUACGUUAGUACCCUACCUCAUCUAUCAGUUUCAGUCAUUGCAUCCACAUGUGAGUGGUUUUAAGUUAAGUGGCGAAGGCAGUGAUGUAAUUAUGAUCUCAGAUGAGGGUUGGCUGUAUCUGAAGAAGCCUCUCGUUUGGUCUCAAAACACCCGUUAUGUGAUUGAGGUGGAGGCCCUGGCGGGGGGAAGAAGUGGUGGAGGGUCCAGUACUGUGACUGUUAACGUGUUGGACAUCAAUAAUAACGCUCCAUUCUUCAACCAGACCAUCUACUCUGCUGUGGUUCGAGAAAGGAGUCGAGCAGGCGUCCCAUUAAUUCAGGUGUUCGCAUCAGAUCGAGAUGAUCCCGAGUCUCCCAACGCCCUUCUGAGCUACAGCCUGGUCAGCCAAAUACCCUGAAACAAAACACAUUUCCUCUUCCAGAUCAAUGCAAUCACAGGAGAAGUCUCCAUCACACAAGAAGGUAAACGGACAGCUGAGGCCAGAGAGGACAUUGAGUACUGAGGGGGAGAAGGACACAGCGAGGAUGUACUGCAGAAGAAAUUUGAUGAGUACUGCUCUCCACAGCAGAAAAUCCCCUACAAGUCCAACCCGUUCUACCUCUGUGUGGAGAAAGCAGAGAUGAAGUGGCGGAAUGUGAAUCCAUUUGAGGACCCGGACUACAUCCUGCUUGUGCGGGUGCAGGACCUGGGGGGAGCCUCGGGGAGUGCACUAAGUGGAAGUGCUAGAGUUAACGUCUUUGUGCAGAAAAAUCUGUGGGUGAAUCCUGGACCAAUAAGAAUUCAAGAGCACACAAUGUUGCCUGACCCCAUUGUAAAGGUUCAGUCUAAUGAUCCCAACGCCAUAUAUAGAUUAGUGCAGAAAGAGCGAGAAUUGAAGUUCCCCUUCAGUAUCACAGUGGGUGGAGAGAUAUACCUCACAGAGGAGCUGGACAGAGAAGAAAAAGACCAGUACAUUGUGGUGGUGUUGGCAGAGGAUAAAGAUGGCAAAGAGGUUGAUCCGCCCAUGGAGAUUCAAGUCGUGGUGGAGGACGUGAAUGACAACAGUCCUCAGUGUGGGAACGUGAGUGUAUUUGAGUUGCAGGAGAAUGAGCAUAUAGGCAGCGUUGUAGGAACACUGGAGGCCACCGAUGAUGAUGAACCUGGAACAGUGAAUUCCAUGCUGAUUUACACCAUUAUGUCCCAAGAUCCAGCCCCCACUCCAGACAACAUCUUCUCCAUUGACGCAGUGUCUGGAGAAAUUAAGGUGCUGCGUGUGCUACAGAGGAAGGACUCUACGGUUUAUCAUCUCAACAUAAAUGUCAAGGACCCAGAUCACAGCCAAGAGUGUAAAAUCAUCAUCAAGGUCAUCGAUAUCAACAACGAGCUACCGGUGUUUGAAAAAAAUGACUAUGGCAGCCACAAUCUCGCAGAGGACACACCUGUGGGUCACACAGUGCUGACCAUCAGAGCGACAGAUGCUGAUGAUCCUGGCAGUGGCAGCUCCCAGAUUGAGUUCCACAUCUCUGCUGGAAAUGAUGACGGAGCAUUUACUGUAGAAACAGAUGGCAGUGGUGUCGGCCAAGUAGUCGUAGCCCAGCCACUAGACUUUGAGUCGUCACCCUCCUAUAACCUGAAGAUUGAUGCUCGUAACCUGGAGCCACUGAUGACAGGUCUGGAGUAUGGCAGCAACUCCUCGACCUUUGUCUCUGUAUCUGUCACCGAUGUAGAUGAGGAUCCAGAGUUCAGCCUGGACAUCCUGGAUGUGACUGUGCACGAGAACAUCACUGUGGGAGCAGUGCUGCUCACUGUGGAGGCAAAGGAUCCAGAGGGCAAAGACUUAAGUUUUAAGCUGGAUGGCGAUUCUCAGGGCUGGCUGGAGAUCAACAGUGCCACGGGUGAGAUUAAGACCAAAGAGAAACUGGACAGAGAAAUCCUGCAGACAUUUGAAGUCACCGUCACAGCAUACGAAAAGGACAACCCGGAGAAGUCGGCUGAGCGCGUUGUGUCUGUGAAUUUGCUGGAUGUGAACGACAACUACCCCAAAAUGAAAAACUCGCAGGCUUUCAUCUGUGUCAUGAAGCCUGAGCCCAUCAUCAUCCAGGCCCAUGACGAGGAUGCCGCCCCCUUCUCUCAGCCCUUCAGUUUCACCUUAGCCCACACCAAGAAAUCCCCAAACUGGGACCUGCAACCUGUUGAUGAUAUUACGGCCAAACUGACCCUGAAGAAAUUUCCAACACAAGAUCAAACAUUUAUGCUUCCUGUUAACAUCAAAGACAGCGCCGGGAUGGGCAUCACACACAAGCUUGAGGUGAGAGUGUGCAACUGCACGCAGUUGGGCCACUGCUACAUGGAACCAGGCACCCAUUCCCAUAAAUAUGGAAUAGGAACCACGAUCGGGAUCCUGGCUGGAACACUUGGAUUUGUAGUUAUUUUGUUCAUCAUAGUGGUCCGACGCCUAAAGAAAAAGGACACGGAGCCCGCAGGACCACUUUAGUAUUUUAUUUACAAAAGAAAGAGAUGAGCUUGAUUAGUUGAACAGUUGAGUCAAGAAGCAUAAAAAAUACUUAUUGAUAAUCAUUUAAUCAUUUAAGUUAAAGUUUGACUUUUCGCAGUUUUAUAUCACUGUAAAUUGAAUAUCUGUGUUUUUUUGCUAUUGGUUGGACAAAACAUGUGAUGAUCCUGCUUUAUGAAAUUGUAAUGGCUUUUAUUUUUUACCAUCUGAUGUUAUGUAGAUCAGCCGUGGCCGACGUUGAAAUCUGAAAAUCUUUUGCUGCCCACACAGACCUUUAAUGAUAGUUUUGUGUAACACAUGAGACAAAGAUGAUAUAUUCUGUUAAACUAUGUGAGAUAAAUCUCACAGGUUUCUUUUAUUAAUUAUGGUUACUUUUAAAAAACAA